UGGAUCCUGUGAAUGUGUUGGUACAGUUUAAUAUCAUUUGUGAUGAUCUCUUGUUAAUUAUGUUAUAUCUGAACUAAGUUACUGUGGUCGACGGUGGUGAGAAAGUUCCAGAGAAGGAGACAGAAGUUGUGUUUUUCUUGGGAGACCGUGAGCCACCAGUUGCAGCAGUGACCUAAUCAUUGUCUAAUGAUGCAGCAGGAAAGAUGAGGGACCAUGAGAAAGACCAGAGGCAGGGACAGAGGAGGAGGAAGGAGGAGGAGGAGGAGGAGGAGUCUGAACACUCAUUACAUCAUUUGUUAGUCUUUAAAACACAUUUAUUGUCCACUGGAGAAUCUCUGCUGCUUUUGUUGAACAUAGAGCUGGGCUGAGUGUGUGUUCAGCUCCACGGCCUUAACCUCAGAGAAGUCUUCACCCUGACGGACAACAAUGUCUCAGCCGGGACAGGAAGAGGAACAGAUGCAGCGUCCUGAAGUGAGGGACGAGGAUCUGAGUGAAGCAAGAAGUAAUCUUGGUGUUGGUGGUCCUGCCAAGAGCAAGACCCUGGAAGUAAUGGAGGAGUGUGAGAAAAUGGGAAAAGCAGCUCCAUCUGUGUUCAGUGGAGCGAGGUCUGGAGGAGAGACCGCGUUCAACACACGCUCCGCUCGGCCAAUCAGGAAGUAGCUGUUUACACACUCUCUGACUGGGGUUGGACCACGUUAGGGUGUCAGCGCUCCAGCCCUAUGUCAGUUCAUUAAAAAUAAGUUUAAAUUUAACAUUUUAACUCACUGGUGACUGUAACUGAGAUGGAUGAUUCCCAGACUUCCAGAAAUCCUGAAUCCUAAAUUAUUUAAUUGAGUGUCUGGACCUGGAACAGGUCGUGAAGAAACUGGUGAUUUUUUUA